GGGCGUGGGGGUUGGGGUGGGCCCGGCCCUGUCGGGGCGGCCCUCUGCAGCUGGAAACCCCAUCUUGGCCCAAGCUACAUCCCUGAUCGAGCAGCGGCCUUGGGACACUCCACAGCAGGACCUGCGCUGGGGUGCACACCCUGCCUCCGGGUCCAUGUGCCCGCCCCAGGCCCAGGCGGAGGUGGGCCCCACCAUGACCGAGAAGGCACAGAUAAUGGCAUGUGCCCCCAGCCCGGAGGCGCCCAGCCUGCCCCCCAAGAACCCCUCUCCUGGGCCCCUGCAGGCAACAGUGGUGGAGGAGGGGGGCCACCGAGACCCCUGCUCAUCCCCCAGGCUGCCCCCUGGCGUGCCUGUCAUCAGCCUAGGUCACACUAGGCCCCCGCCGCCACCACUGCCGCUGCCGCCAGGGGCAGCCAUGCCCCCCACGGAACUAAGCGCCUUCCCACUGCCCCUGCUACAGCUCUCCACCCUGGGCGCGGCCCCUCCUGCCCUGUCCCUGCAUUACCACCCUCAUCCCUUCCUUAACAGCGUCUACAUUGGGCCGGCAGGAGCAUUCACUCUGUUGCCCAACAGCAGGCUGAAGCGGAGACCCAGCCACGGUGAGCUGGACCUGGCAGACGGGCACCAGCCCCACAAGGUGGCCCGGCGGGUGUUCACCAACAGCCGGGAGCGCUGGCGACAGCAGAACGUGAACGGCGCCUUUGCUGAGCUCAGGAAGCUCCUGCCCACUCACCCGCCCGACCGGAAGCUGAGCAAGAACGAGGUGCUCCGCCUGGCCAUGAAAUACAUUGGCUUCCUGGUGCGGCUGCUGCGCGACCAGGCGGCUUCUCUGGCGGCCGCCCCGUCCGGGCCCCGCAAACGGGCUGCGCCUCGAGGAGGCUCGGGACGCAGAGCGGAGGAGGCCACGGUGGUGGCUGCGCGCACGCAGCCCGCGCCCCCCGCGGACCUCGACGACAGCCCCGGUGCGGGAGCCCGGGCCAUCAAGAUGGAACAGGCGGCUCUGAGUCCGGAGGUGCGGUGACCCUGCGGGGCCGGCGGCAGCUCUGAGCCUGUGGGCACCACCGGGACAAGGGGGAGGAACCCAGCCCGAGGACGGCCGUCGAGCCUAGGGCCAAAGAUGCGCUGCACCUGCUCAGCAACGCACACCUCCCCUCCCCGCAAUAGACAGAAGG